AUGAGGAGGCGGUUCCUACCACCACACUUCUUGAGAGAUUGUGUACAGAAACUUCAAGCUCUUCGCCAAGGAAACAAGAGUGUUGAAGAAUAUUAUAAAGAGAUGGAAACAUUGAUGGAAAGGUUAGACAUUGAUGAGAAUGAUGAGAACACAAUGGCACGAUUUAUGAAUGGGUUAAACAUAGAAGUGGCUGAUCGUGUUCAUUUGCAGAUGUAUGAGGAUAUGAAGGAGUUGGUGCACUUUUCGAUGAAAAUUGAAAAGCAAAUUCAAAGGCGUAAGUCGAGGGUGACUAAGCAGGUGAAAAUUCCUUUUGCCAUUAGAAGAUACGAGGACGAGGAAUUCAAAGGUGUAUUUCCCGAGGAGUUGCCUAAGGAGUUACCACCUUUGCGAGGCAUAGAACACAAGAUUGACUUCACACCCGGUGCUCAAAUUCCAAAUCGACCAGCAUACCGGACAAAUCCACAAGAGGCUAAAGAGAUUCAAAGGCAAGUAGACGAGUUGUUUGCCCAAGGGAUGAAUGUGAGAGAUGAAUGGAAAACUGCAUUUAAAACUAAGCAUGGAUUAUAUGAAUGGUUGGUUAUGCCAUUUGGUUUGACCAAUGCACCUAGUACUUUUAUGCGACUUAUGAACCAUGUAUUGCGUGACUUUUUGGGAGAGUUUGUUGUGGUUUAUUUUGACGACAUUCUGAUAUAUUCUAGGACACUAGAGGAUCAUGUUCAGCAUGUUAGGUAUGUUCUGAUUGCACUUCGAAAAGAAAAACUUUAUGCUAAUCUUAAAAAGUGUAAUUUUUGCAUGGAAAUGAUAAACUUCCUAGGAUUUGUUAUAUCUAAACAGGGAGUGGAAGUUGAUACUGAGAAGGUUAAAGCCAUUAGGGAGUGGCCCACACCUAAGAAUGCUAGUGAAAUUAAGAGCUUUCAUGGACUAGCUGGUUUCUAUAGGCGGUUCAUUAGAGACUUUAGUUCCAUAGCUGCACCACUUAAUGAGCUUAUUAAGAAACAUAUGAAAUUUGAGUGGGGUAAAGCUCAAGACUGUGCAUUCAAUGAGUUGAAAGAUAAAUUAUGUAAUGCACCUUUACUUGCCUUACCUAACUUUGAACUAACGUUUGAAAUUGAGUGUGAUGCAAAUGGAAUAAGGAUUGGAGCUGUUUUAAUGCAGAACCAAAGGCCAUUGAUGUACUUUAGCGAAAAGUUGAGUGAAGCAACUCUAAAGUACUCUACAUACAACAAAGAGCUUUAUGCCUUGGUGAGAGCACUACAAACGUGGCAGCACUAUUUGUGGCCAAAGGAAUUUGUUAUUCACACUAACCACCAAAACUUACAGCAUUUGAAGGGGCAACAAAAGCUAAAUAAAAGGCAUGCCAAAUGGUUGGAGUUCAUAGAAACUUUUCCCUACGUGAUACGGUAUAAUAAAGGUAAGGAAAAUGUGGUAGCCGAUGCACUAUAUCGAAGGUAUGUUUUACUGAACUCCCUUCAAACAAAAUUGCUUGGCUUUGAACAUAUUAAGACCUUGUAUUCUCAGGACACUCAUUUUGAACCUAUUAUUGAGUAUCUUCUGCAAAAACGUGUGGCGAAUGAUUAUAUGUUGUUUGAUGGUGACGAUUUUGAUUCGAGAACGAAUCCUUCAAAAGGGGGAAAAGAUGAUAUGAACCAAGAUGCAUUAGCCUUGCCACCAGAACCAAUCACUCGUUCAAGGGCCAAGCAGUUACAGCUAGCAUUUGCUUCUCACAUCCAAAGAGUAGUGAGCCCCACUAAUGGACAUCAAGAAGAUAAAGGUUGGAAAAAACUUUAUUCAUGGUGCCAAAUGAAUAUACGAGAUGAAGAUGAAGCCAAAUGA